AUGUUCUUCACAGAUGUGAAAGAAAACCGUCAACAUCGCGCAGCGUUUGGCGAGUUUCUGCGCACCUGUGGAGUUGUCGAACCGCAUGAGCUGAAGUACUUCCGCGUGCUCCGACUCUGGGAUCGUGACCGUCGGUUUAGCUUUAAGUGGUAUGGUGAGUAUUUUGAGUUUACGAAAAUCGAUAUGUUCAUGCAGAAGGAGACGUUUGGGAUCUUGCAGUGGCAGAUUAUUGCAGGGACGCUUGAUUCUUCGCCCCAGACGACCCUGGAGAUUAGGUUGCUUCGUGCCGCGGCAAGUGAUGAUAUUUUUCCUCUUGAGCAGUUUGUUUAUGAAGUGGAGACGUUCUUCUUUGUUUUACCGGACAAUAGGCAUUUGUUCAAAUUGACCUUCGUUGAAGAUAUACGUGGGUUCGAGAAGAGCGGUACGGGGAAUAAAGUCAUGAAGUUUGUGGAUAGAAGACACUAG